AUGGGAGAAACUGGAGAUGAUUCAAAAACUCUUAGGAAGUUGUUCUCACCCAUAACCACCAACCCUCCAUCUUGCAUAGUAUUGCCUGCAACCACUGCUGCACAUUUUGAGUUGAAGCCACAGAUAAUCCACCUUCUUCCUACUUUUCAUGGAUUGGAUAGAGAAGAUCCUUAUAUGCAUGUGAAGGAUUUUCUUGAGAUUUGUGCUACUUGUAAGUUUCAGAAUUUCACUGAUGACUCUGUUCGCUUGCGUUUAUUCCCUUUUUCCUUGAAGGAUAAGGCAAAAGCAUGGCUUAAUUCUCUGUCACCUGGAUCUAUCACUUCAUGGGAACUGUUAGUCACAAAAUUCCUCUCUAAAUUUUUCCCAAUGGUCAAGACCAAUGUUUUGAGGAGAGAAAUUGCAGAUUUUUAUCAGGAUGAACAAGAGAAAUUUUAUGAGAGUUGGGAGAGAUUUAAGGACUUGAUCUUAAAGUGUCCCCAUCAUGGUUUUGAAACAUGGAGACUAGUACAAUAUUUUUAUAAUGGUUUGACUCAGACAAAUCGUAACAUGAUUGAGUCCAUGAAUGGUGGUGGAUUUUUGAGUCUUGUAGAUGAUAAGGCAUACAAAUUUCUUGAGAAUUUUUUUGAAAGUUCACAACAAUGGGAUUUUUCCAAUCGUAAAGAGAGAUGUGCCCCUGCAAUUAAGAAAGGAGGAUUGUAUGAAGUCAAUGAAGAUUUAGACAUAAAAGCUAGGUUGGACAAUCUCACUCGUAAGGUUGAAGCUUUAACUUUAGGUAGAGGGAUGAAUUCUGUCAAUCAAGUUCAAAGUGAAACAUGCUCUAUUUGUGCUAGUCCUAUGCAUACAACACAAAUGUGUCCUUCCGCAACUGGGUACCCUGAUUUUUAUGCUGAGCAAGCAAAUGCACUGAAUAAUUAUGGAAAACCAUUUGCUAGUCCAUUUUUAGAGGCAUACAAUCCAAAUUGGAGGAACCAUCCUAAUUUCUCAUGGAGGCAAAGUCAGCCUCCCACAAAUGUAGGUGGACAACAAGUGCAUCAACAAAGUCAAUUUCGUCCACCUACUCAAGCAUAUCCUCCCAUUCCUCAAUCAACACCUCAGUUUGUAGCACCACCAAGACAACAACCAUCUUUGGAGGAGUCUCUCAAAACUUUCAUGCAGUCAACUAGCCAAGCCAUUCAAGAGAUGAAAAGUUCCACCCAUUUGAAUACUCAAGCUAUUUCAAAGUUGGAAAAUCAAGUUGACCAGUUAACAGCCCAAGUUGGAGAAAGGGAAAAAGGAAAGUUUCCUAGUUAA